GCCUGUACUGUAUAUUCUAUAUUCUAAUGUCCACAUACUGUUUGAUUGCUUGCUGCUGUAACGUAGGAGUCCUGUGUCCUCUUCCGUCUCCUGUCUCCCCUCUCGACCUGUCCUUAGGCGGGUAGCCUGCGCUGUAAGCAUUUGCUUGGCAGUCUCCAAUGCCACUGGUAUAGACAGUAUGUUAUACUUCCUAGGUAUUCCUUUCUUCCCCACACCUUUCUGUAGCUCUGAGAGUUGACUAACCUCUCUGUGUCGACUUGAUCUUGGCCUCCAGCCUCCUCCAUGGAGGGUAGUGCUCUUUGUGGCUCAUGGUGUUGAUCUUGUUGUAACGAGUAUGACUGAACCCAAAUGUGGCACUCCAAAAGUCAGUGGCAGUUGGUAAUGACCUUCAAUUAAACACAGGCAAAGAAGGCACUGUGCAGACACAGCCACAGGCAGAUAGAGACCAGAGACGCUGAGGCAGAACUCGUGGACAGGAGGGGACAGAAGGCUGGUGAGUUCAUUGGGAAACAGACAAUGUAGGCCAGUCAGAGGCAGGCAGGGUCAGUAACAGGAGAUCAGGCAGGUAAGAAGUGUUGAGAAGUCUUGCAUGUGGGUGAAGAACAAUCUGGCAAGGAGAGUCUGUAAAGCAGCAGUCUUCAUAGUAACAGGAGGUAAUGAUCCACAGGAGAGAGCAGUUGGCCUGACGAGGUGGGUGUGGCACACAGGCAGAAGCGGGAGAUGUGUGGGCAGAUCAUAAGCUGGCAGGUAGGUGUGGUGGCAAGGCGUGGUCAAUAGAAGAUUUCUGAGUGAGCUGAGAGGAUGGUAUGUAUUGCAGGUGAAAAGUGGCUACUGUGACAGUAUCUCCCCGUCAAGGGACAGCUGCAGACGGCCAAAAAAAGUCAAUAACAAGGUCGGGCGGGUGUUGAGGUUUUGUUUUAACAGCUAUUUGAUCAUUAUGUGUGUGGAUGAAUAUAUGCAUGUGUAUGUGUGUGUACAUGAUCUUAUCAAAUUGAGUUAAAAGGUAAUCAAGAACACCAAAAUCUAAGUGUAAUUACUGUGUGUUGAGUUGUAGUAUCAAUAUAUAAUCAAUAUAUUACCACUGUGUCAUCAGUACAUUACUACUGCAUCAUCAAUAUGUUAUCACUGUGUGAAUUUAAAAGAAAAAGCCAAGCAAGAUCCAAAUAUAAUAGUAGAAUGAAGCCCCCAUAGUAAAAGCAAGCCAGGAGAAGGAGGGAGCAGCUCCAAGCAGAGAGAGACUAGGCGACUUGGCAGGCUAAUAGACACCAUAGUACAUGCACGGCCUGGGAAAUACACACACCCCAAGGCCAGUCCAAGCACCAGCAACAUACACACCAACUGAGACCGGGAUAUACAUGAAGGGAAGACGGGAAUAGAAGAUAUAUAAGAUAAGGGAAGACGAAAACUGCUGAGGUCGACACUUUUGAGAAAAACAAACAUCAGUACCCAUCAGUUCUUCGUCUGGACCACCAACUCAAAUGGGUUUAUUUGGAUUUCAUCUCUGAACAAAGAAUAAACCUCCUUGCACUGGACUUCUGAUCAGCCUCCUGGUCGUUCUUCAGAGUGCUCUGAACUUUCUUUGGUCUUAUUGGAAGCAAUUUUUACUGAAUAUAGAUCCACACCACAGACUAUUUUAGACUGUUAGUCGAAAAAGGAGAGGAGGAAGGCGUGUCCGUAGGCAGAGAGAGAAGAGGAAAGGCAAGAGUCUGGAACUGAGUUUUUGAAUGUUGGAACUAUGACAGGGAAAGGUAGAGAGUUGGCUGACCUGAUGCAGAGAAGGAAGGUGGAUAUACUGUGUGUUCAGGAGACCAGGUGGAAAGGUAGCAAAGCUAGAAGCUUAGGAGCAGGGUUCAAGCUGUUUUAUCAUGGUGUGGAUGGGAAGAGAAAUGGAGUAGGAGUUAUCCUGAUGGAGAGGUUUGUUAGGAAUGUUCUGGAGGUGAAAAGAGUGUCAAAUAGGGUGAUGAGUCUGAAGCUAGAAAUUGAAGGUGCGAUGUUCAAUGUUGUUAGUGGUUAUGCCCCACAGGUAGGAUGUGAGUUAGAAAAGAAGGAGAAAUAAUGGAGUGAGUUAGAUGAAGUGAUGCAGAAUAUCCCUAGAGGUGAGAGAGUAGUGACUGAUGCAGGCUUCAAUGGACAUGUCGUGUUUAUGAAGCAUUAUACAUCUCAUGCUAUAACUUGUUCAUAUAUAUUUUUUCAACUUUCAACAUUAUGUUAAACUUAGAUGUGAACUAUGAAUGUUUCGCUACUAAUGGUGUACCCUCCGUCCACAGCUUUGUUUAACUUGUUUUAUAACAGGAUAAACAAAUUUACAAUGCAUCAUUUUAAUUUUCCGAUUUUCGUGUGUAUGAGAAAAAAUGGAAAUCGACAUGCUUUUCCCAUUUUCGUCUUCAAAUGGCUAAUUGAUAUAGAAAUUAAACCAAAACCAGAAACCUACUUGUUUUUCGCCUUUAUUGUAUCUAUAUUAUCUGCCCCUACUGCAUCUCAAAACAUUGGUAUCAGCUAUGCAUAUGGCCUAGAUAGAUAGAUAGAUAGAUAGAUUCAAGACUAUUAUCUAGACCUGCUCUAUGUGUAAAGUGCCCUGAGAUGACUUUUGUUGUGAUUUGGCACUAUAUAAAUAAAACUGAAUUAGGGCUGAACGAUAUAUCGUUAUCGUAUCUACAUCGAGAUAUGAACAUGCAAGAUAUUAAUAUCCCAAAAGGAGACGAUAUUGGCGAUAUAAUUUCCCCAUGAGUUUCCCCAGCUCAACUUGCAUGACAGUACAGCUCAGCCAAUCAAUUCUUGCUUGCCUUGGAUCGACAGCGAAGCCAGCCAAUCACAAACAUCCCCUUGAGCGAGGGAGACGUGCUGCUGCUAGCAACUUGCUAGUACACACACACAGCGGAAAAUUCAAAAUGGAAGCGGAAGAUGAGGUCGGUGCAGCUUUGGUGGCUAAAAAUAAGACAACCUCCAUUAUUUGGAGGUAUUUCGGUUUCAGGAAGGAUGAUGUGGAACAGAGCGUGGUGUUGUGUCGGUCGUGCUUCGCGAAAGUCGCGACGAAGCAAGGCAGCACGACGAACAUGUAUCACCUGAAACAACACCACCGGGUACUAUAUGAAGAGUGCCUUGCGAUGAAAGACACGGCGGGGACAUCUGGGGCCUGUGUCAAGCCCAAGCAAGGUCGGAUUGCCGAUGCAUUUAGUAGCAAAAUGCCAUACGAAUCGGCGUCCAGCAGGCACAAAGACAUUACAAAAGCUAUAACGUACCAUAUUGUUAAAGACAUGAUUCCCGUCUAUUCAGUCACCAAAGAUGGCUUCCAGAAAAUGGUUCGGACUCUUGACAAACGCUACAAAAUACCGUCUCGAACCUAUUUUAAUCAAGAGGCCAUUCCCCAACUCUAUAAUGAGUGCAAGAUGAAUGUUGUUUCUGAGCUCCGUGAAAUGGAUUAUUUUGCCACAACGACGGACCUGUGGUCCAGUAGAACAACUGAACUGUACAUGAGUUUAACUGUCCAUUUCAUCACAAAGAACUUUGAGCUCAAAACCCGAUGCUUGCAGACUUCCUUCUUCCCUGCGGAGCAUACUGGAGACAACAUAGUGCAUGAGAUGAGAGAUGUGUUAGCGGACUGGGGUUUGCAGGAGGACCAGCAGGUUUGCGUGACCACUGACAACGCAUCAAACAUGAUAAAGGCGCUGAAAGAGAACAGCUGGACACGGCUACAGUGCUUUGGGCACAGGUUACACCUGGCUAUAGAAAAUGCGGUGAAAGGUGACAACCGGAUCAGCCAUGCAACAGGUGUCUGCAAAAAGUUAGUGUGCCACUUCUCACACAGUUGGAAGAAGAGGGUAACACUGGAGCAAGCCCAGAAGCGCCUCAACCUUCCAGUCCAUGGUCUCAUAACUGAGUGCCAAACUCGAUGGGGGUCCAAGCUGCUCAUGAUUGACAGGAUCCUGGAGCAGCAGAAAGCACUGGCAGAGGUCCUCUCAGAUGACAGAAACACACGGCACCUAAUUCUAGGGUAUCAAGACCUGGAUGUACUGGAAUCGGUCAGCAAGGCAUUGGGACCACUGCUUGAGUUCACUGACGCUCUGUCAGGGGAAGAUUAUGUAAGUGUCUCACACCUCAAGCCAGUACUGAGCCUUUUCAACACAACCCUCUUGACACCAAAGGAGGAUGACACUGACUUGACGAAGUCCUUAAAAAAGAAAAUGUUGGAGUACAUGAACAGCAAGUAUGAAGAUAGAGACACACAAGAGCUCCUGGAUGCGGCAUCCUUCUUAGACCCAAGAUACAAGACACAGUAUAUCAGUGAAAACAGUGUCCUCCCCAUCAUCAAAGCCAGACUGGUGUCAGAGAUGAUGACGAUGGAACUCAAGAAUGCUCCUGAGUGCAUCAGAGAAGAAGUUCCACCCCCACCCACCAAAAAGACAAAGAAGUCGUUGGCAAGCUUCUUUAAAAGCUCCACUGCCAGUGCCACAGCAGCAGUUGAUCCCACUGCUGCCAUAGAUGCUGAGUUGAACAGUUAUCUACUGUCUUCCACACUUGACAAUGAAGAGGACCCCCUUCUGUGGUGGAAAACCCACAAAAUCAACUUUCCCCGGCUCAGCAACAUGGCAAGAAAAUAUUUGUGCGUGCCGGCCACCAGCUCUCCCUCAGAGAGACUCUUUAGUACAGGGGGCAAUAUUGUAAGUUGUGAGAGGUCCUGUCUGAAACCAGAAAUGGUUAAUAAGCUUGUGUUCCUUGCAAAGAAUCUGUAGAAGUCGUGCACACAAAUGUUAAUGCAUUCAUGCAUUCAUACAAUACGAGACACAGACACAUACCUACCUCUAUUUUGUAAUAUGAGAAUGGCAAGAUUGUUUACAUUGUCCAUAUGAUAUGUUGGACUGUUUACACUAAUGUUUUGUUUUUGUUCAUUUUUUACAUUUUGUAAUGCAGCAGCCUUAGGCAGUUAAAUAUUUUAAGUAACUGCAUUUUCCGCAUACAUUUGUUAUGUUCUUUUGUGAAGACUGUAAGCAGUUGCACUAUUGUUACACUUUAAACAUUGUUGAAGCUUUGACAGAGCAGAGUUGCAGCAUAAUAUAUUUCAUGUUUUAUUUUAGUGAAAGCUAAGAUAGUGAUUGGUCUGAUUUAUGAUCAAUAACAUAUUUUAUUUGUUGAAGAAUACUUCUAACUUGCAUUGUUAGAUGUUAUAUGAAUUUUCAAAGCAGAGCUGCACCAAAAUGUUAAUUGUACUUAUUGGUGCCUAUAUUAUGCCAUGGAUGGGUGGCGUGUAGAUUCUUGACUCCUACACAUGCUGCAGCAACGUUCUUGGAUCCCUUUUAAAACAAUGAGAAGGAGUAGAAAACAUCAGUUUUAUCCAGUACAAAUAAGUGUUGCCUUUUUGAUUCAAACACUCACUUAAUAACAGCUAAAUCCAAUAUCCACUCAGUAGCAACAUUUAUUAGGUGCACUUACUUAAAACUAAGACAAUCUCUUACGAUAGUCCUUAAAUAAAUCCUGCCUUCAUGAAGGUUAUGACGUUCAGAUUUUGUUGAAGCUGUCAAUUCAACUUUUUGGUCAUUUUGAGGCUGUAGUUUGGGGUGCUGUUGGAUUGCAUUUUGUUUUACUGGGCAAACCCAAGUAUGUUUUGUAAUGCCGCAGCCUAAGACAGUAAUCUGAUUGGUGUGUUCUGAUGAGUAAAAUAUUUUAAGUAACUGCAUUUUCUGCAUACAUUUAUGUUGUUUUGUGAAGACUGUAAGCAGUUGCACUAUUUUUACACUUUAAACAUUGUUCAAGCAUUGACAGAGCAGCAGAGUUGCAGCAUAAUAUAUUUGAUGUUUUAUUUUUUAUUUUAGUGAAAGCUAAAAUGUGAUUGGUCUGUUAUGAUCAAUAAAAUAUUUUAUUUGUUGAAGAAUGCUUCUAACUUGCAUUGUUAAAUGUUAAAUAUGAAUUUUCAAAGCAGAGCUGCACCAAAAUGUUUACUUUUAUUUAUUGGUGCCUUUAUAUUAUGUUAUGCCUUUAUAAUAUGUAACAUAUUUUAUGGAUUUAUUGAUGAUGUUUGGUAUUAUUAUGCCGUUUUUAAAAAAAAGAAUGCUUCGUUUUCACGGAACCCAUAGUCAUAUCGUAUCGUAUCGAUAUCGAGAUAUCCGGCAUAAAUAUCGAGAUAUGAAAUUUCGUCCAUAUCGUUCAGCCCUGAAUUGAAUCUAAAAAAAUAGAUAGAUAAUCAAUGAAAUAACGUUGCUGUGCCUCGUGCGUAAAUGCGCAUAUACUUGGCGUAUCUGGAGAUUUAAAUAAUCAAUGAAGUUACUGCUUCCCACUUUUUAUUCCCCUGUACAGUGUUUCCCUGAAGAGCUACAGUGGAAGGAUCAUAACAAAAAAUACAAAAGACUGUAACGUUAAAAGAUAUCUGCCUGAGGUUAUUAAAUACCUGCAGCGAGCACCGCACCCUACCCCCCACCCCGCAGCAGAAACAAUAAGCGUGUUUCCCCAUAAAGAGAGACGCUGUGCGCAUUUAUGCACGAGGCACAGCAGCGCCCUUUUAUUAUUAAGAUUAUUAUUAUUUAUUAUUUAUCUGUCUAUCUAUGCAGUAGGGGCACAUAAUAUUGAUUUAACAAUAAAGGCCAAACUCAAGUUAAUUACUGGUUGUGGUCUCAUUUCUACUCCAAUUGCCCAUUUGAAUAAGAAAAUGGAAAAAGCACAUGGAUUUCCAUUAUUUCUUUUACACGGAAAAACAAAAUAAUGUAUUUAAUAUUUGUUUAUCCUGUUAUAAAACAAACAAGCUGAACACAGCUGUGGAUGGAGGGGACACGCACCGUAACAUAUGCUCAGUUUGCAUCAGUCAUUUAUUCAUUUGAGCGUUGUUGUAUUGCCAGCCUUUAGUAAUAUCAUUAAUUCAUUUUGCUAUUUGGGAUUUCGUUUCAGUAGCCUAUAUUCCUUUUUAAAAUUCAAUUCUGACCUUAGUAAUUAAACAAUAUCUUUCACCGUGUUGUCCACGUUUAUAUAUCCUGCAUGAAACAACACGUACGUUCUCAUCGUAUGCAUUUUGUAGUUCAUCUUCAGAACAUUGUAGUUUCACCACAGCAGAUCCACGUCAAUAACAUCCUUCUCAGCCAAUCACAGCGCAAUAAAUUGUUGUUCUUUCUUUGCUUUUAUGGCGUGUUGCAACCAUUGCUCAUUAGGUGAAUACUGCCAUCUACUGUACCGGAGUAUGUAGACGAUAAAUGGACUGCCUUCCGUUUACACUAUACUCCUAUUGUUUCCACUAUACUCUCACUCACACAUGCAUAAAUUCUUCUCUUACACAGCCUACAUAUAUUUCAACAUACAUACAUUUUCCUUUUACAUACAUAUAUUACUUACAGUAUUAAAUGUAUACAUGAUUGCAUGUGCAUGAGAGCAAAGUGUAUGAAUGUGUGCAUAAAAUAUAUGAAUAUGAGAGAAAAAUGUAUCAAUGUGUGUGUUCAAAUAUAUAAAUAUGAGAAUGAAAAUAUAUGAAUGUGUGAGUCAAAAUGUAUAAAUGUGUGAGUAAAAAUAUAUGAAUGUGUGAUAUGUAUAAAUAUGAGAGUGAAAAUAUAUGUAUGUGUGAAUGAAAAUGUAUAAAUAUGAGAGUGAAAAUGUAUGUGUGUAAGGAGAAUGUAUGUGUGUGAGAGGGUGAGAAUGAAAUAUGUCUUGUAUGGCCCCUCAUACAGAGUUGCGGCAGCUACAGAGGGAUAAAGUUGAUGAGCCAUACAAUGAAGCUAUGAGAAAGAGUAGUGGAAGCAAAAGUGAGCAUCUGUGAGCAGCAGUAUGGUUUCAUGCCAAGAAAAAGUACUACAGAUUAGGGCUGCACGAUAUUGCAAUAUAUAUUGCGAUAUUAAAAAAAUACAAGAAUUUUCAACAGAUGCCUUGAAUAGCUCUAUUUGGAAAGAAUUAGGUUGACUCACCAUGACACCAUUGUAUUCAUAUAAUAUCCUUCUAUUAAUCCAGGCUAAGGUCAAUGAUCUGACAUGUCAUACUUGAAUUCUCCCCUUACAAUUAUAUUAAGUUGCUUUUUGCUUUUCUGAAGCAAAACAAAAGUUUACACGUUCUAAAAAAACAGAAAUCACAUGUCCUGCGAUGUGACUAUUGCACAUGCGCCCAUCGCGAUGGUGAUGUUUAAACAAUAUAUCGUGCAGCCCUACUACAGAUGCAGUAUUUGCUUUGAGGAUGUUGAUGGAGAAAUACAGAGAAGGUUAGAGGGAACUGCAUUGUGUCUUUGUAGAUCUAGAGAAAGCAUAUGACAGGAUGCUGAGAGAGGAGCUGUAUGAGGAAGUCUGGAGUGGCAGAGAAGUGCAGGACAUGUAUGAGAGCUGUCAGGAGUUUAAGGUAGAAGUGAGACUGCAUCAAUGAUCAGCUCUGAGCCCCUUCUUGUUUGCUAUGGUGAUGGACAGGUUGACAGAUGAUGAUAGACAGGAAUCUCCAUGGACUAUGAUGUUUGCAGAUGACAUUGAUCUGUAAUGAGAGCAGAGAUCAGGUGGAGGAAAAUCUAGAGAGGUGGGGGUAUGCCCUGGAAAGGAGAGGAAUGAAGGUUAGUUGUAGCAAGACAGAAUACAUGUGUGUGAAUGAGAAGGACCUAAGUGGAACGGUGAGGUUACAGAGAGUAGAAAUGAAGAAGGUGGAGGAUUUUAAGUUGUCCAGAGCAACGGAGAGUGUGGAAAAGAGGUGAAGAAACGUGUGCAAGCUGGUUGGAACGGGUGGAGAAAAGUGUCAGGUUUGAUGUGUGAUAGAAGAGUACCAGCAAGAUUAAAAGGAAAGGUGUACAAGACGAUGGUGAGACCAGCGAUGUUGUUUAGUUUAGAGACAGUGGCACUGAGGGAAAGACAGGAGGCAGAACUGGAGGGAGCAGAGAUGAAGAUGUUGAGGUUCUCUUUGGGAGUGACGAGGAUGGAUAGGAUCAAGAAUGAGUACAUCAGAGGGACAGCUAAUAUUAGAUGUUUUGGAGAUAAAGUCAGAGAGGCCAGAGUGAGAUGGUUUGGACAUGUUCAGAGGAGGGAUAGUGAAUAUAUCGGUAGAAGGAUGUUGAGGUUGGAACUGCCAGGCAAGAGGCCUAGAGGAAGACCCAAGAAGAGAUUUAUGGAUGUAGUGAAAGAAGACAUGAAGUUAGUUGGUGUGAAAGAAGAGGAUGCAGAGGAUAGGGUUAGAUGGAGGCAGAAGAUUCGCUGUGGUGACCCCUAAAGGGAACAGCCGAAAGAAGAAGUAAGACCACAGACUAUCUUUUGGUUCGAAGGCAACAAAUUAAUCCACAACAGAGGUCUGGGGGAGGGCUAGAAUUCCUGGGAUACAUUUCCAAGUCCAUGUCAAGAGUUAGAUGGGCGGCGCGGAUCUGGAGGAGGGAAUCUCGCUCAAAUGUUGGUCUGGGAACUGAACAACAGUGGAGCAGGGGACCUCUGGCAGAUGGCCCUGGGGGCUGGACAGGGGCGGAGCAGAGAACCUUGGGUAGACAGCCUGAGGGCAGGAGAGCAGAGCCACCCAGGAAGAUGACCAGAAUGCUGGAGCAAUCUGGAGGGUGACCAGGAUGCAGAGCAGAUGGGCGGAACAGAUCUUGGUGGUACCUGGGAGGCCGACUAGUGGGCUGAGCAGACAGGUGGAGCAGAGCUGGAGGGCGGCCAGCAGGCUGACCAGACAGGUGAAGCAGAUCUGGAGGACGGGCAAGAGGCCAACCAGCUGGACAGAGCACCUCUGAGGGCUGACCAGGAAGCUGACCAGAUGGGUGGAGCAGAUCUAGAGGGUGGCCAGGAGGUUGACCAGACGGUUGGAACAGAUCUGGAGGGUGGUCAAGGGGUUGACCAGACGGACAGAGCAGAUCUGGAGGGCAGCCAGGUUGAACAGAUGAGUGGAACAGAUCUAGAGGGUGGCUCAGGGGUCAACCAGAGGGACAGAGCAGAUCUGGAAGGCGACUAGCAGGUUGGCCAGACAAGCUAAGCAGAUCUGGAGGACAGUCAGAGGGAUGACCCAAUGGCCAGAGCAGAUCUGGAGGGUAGCCGGGAGGAUGAACGGAGGGCAGAGCACUUCUGAAGGCUGAUCGGGAGGCCAACCAGUUGGGUGGAGAACCUCUGAAGGCCGACAUGAAGGCAGACCACCUGAGAACUGAGCACCUCUGGAGGUCGACCAGGUGGACUGAGCACCUCUGGAGGUCGAUCGGAAGGCAGACCAGGUGGGUGGAGGACUUCUGGAUGCCGACCAGACAGAAAAUGGUUUACAGUAGAUAGGACCUCAUUGGCACUCGGAGAUUGGACCCUUGGUGAUGGGACCCCACUGCCAUUCAGAGACAGGACCUCACUGGCACUCGACAGGAAUUUGCCGGGACUUGGCUUAGGGACUUGAGGUCAGGGGCAGGCAUCUGAUGGCCUGACUGCUGGUCGGACCCACAGAACAUGGAGCAGGAAGCUGACCACAGUGAGACUGAAGUGGAGACUGGCAUCAGCACAGCAAGGCAGGAGUUCAGAAAAAUCAGGGAACUGGUAAAUUGCAGCAGCUGGGUAGGGAUAAGAGCUUGAGGCUGCUGCAGCUUCCUUAAGUCCCUGUCCCUGCUGGGCUAAAAUAAAAAAAUAGAUGUUUUUUUUAGUCACAUAGCUGACC